AUGGAAUCCCGGCUGGAAAAAGCUUACAACAAAAGUCGGGCAUGGAAAGUGAGUCAGGUGAAUAACGACGUUUAUGAGGUCCAUUCAUUUCCAUCCGUUAUGGUGGACAUCGGCAAACGUACAUGUUCGUGUUUCCAGUGGCAAAUAAAUGAGUUUCCAUGUGCGCAUGCUAUUGUUGCAGUGCGAAAAAGUGGGAAAAACCUUGACGACAUAGUCGUACCUUGGUACCAUGUGUCUGAAUACUGUUUGACCUAUGCGCCCACCAUCUACCCAAUACCAACAAUUGAGAAACCACCAUUCAACCCCACCGACUACGUCAUUUACCCACCAAACGUCAAACGUCUACCUGGGAGGCCGAAGAAGAAGAGAAUACCGUCUAAAGGUGAGAAUGUGCAACAAAUACGGUGCGGAAGGUGUGGACGUAUGGGGAACCACAACAGGAAGACCUGCAAAGAACCUAUGUAG